UGGAUGAAAUGAAUCAUAAUUUAUAAAAAACAAUCACAAAAAUACAGAUUAAAUCCGGUGACUCGACUCAACUAUAUGAUAAUUUGGGAUGAUGUCAUAUAGUUAUCAAACGUUAUCAGGAUGAAUUCAUUUUUGUAAUUUUGCGUCUAUUGUCUAUACUCCUUUCAUAAUAUUAUUCUUUAUUAAUCUUUUAUAGUUAUUACUUAUUAGUUUUCACUAUUCUACAAGUGUCAAAUAUUUUCUUUUUAUUCUGCUCAACUUAAUAUUGUUACUAAUAAUUUGUUCUUUUGGCGUUUGAAAAAUGGCAGCUAUGGAAAAUCAUUUAUUUAACUUGAAGUUUGCAGUCAAAGAAUUAGAAAGAAACUCCAAGAAAUGCGAAAAAGAAGAAAAGGCCGAAAAAUUAAAAACAAAGAAAGCUAUACAAAAGGGUAAUAUGGAGGUUGCUCGCAUACAUGCUGAAAAUGCUAUAAGACAAAAAAGUCAAUCACUGAAUUAUUUACGUAUGAGCGCUAGAGUUGAUGCAGUUGCUUCAAGAGUUCAAGGAGCUCUUACCACUAGAAAGGUGACUCAAAGUAUGGGGGGUGUUGUAAAAGCAAUGGAUGCAGCAAUGAAGUCUAUGAAUCUUGAAAAAAUUUCUUCAUUGAUGGACAAAUUUGAAAAUCAAUUUGAAGAUUUAGACGUACAAAGUUCUUACAUGGAUAAUACUAUGUCUCAAAGUACUACUACUGCUGUGCCUCAAGGGGAUGUUGAAAAUUUGUUGCAGCAAGUUGCUGAUGAAGCUGGAUUGGAACUAAAAUUAGAACUUCCUACCAAUCCUCAAAGUAUCAGUUCUUUAUCUUCUACUACAACAGAACAAGACGAGCUUACACAACGUUUAGCUCGUCUCAGACAAGCUGAAUAAAAGAACAAACUCACAGGCAAACAGCUAUAAUUUUGACUUAAAUUAUAAUUUUGAUUUAUAGUUCAACACUUUUUUGGUCAAACCGUUAUAGAACUCAUCAAAAGUUCUCAUAUUAUUUUUAUCCAUUAAAAAAAUGUCCAUAAUAUAUUGUUUGAGAAUAACCAACAUCCUAAAUAUGCAAGAGAAAAGUUUUUUUUUCAUUUGGAUACAUACUGUCAUCUUAUUAUUAUAGUAUUAUAAUUUUUA